AUGAGGAGACACCGAUGCCAAAUCGCCUCCGAUACGAGCGAGAGCGGAUCCGAUUCCGACGCCGACAACACGGCGAUGCGCUGCAUCUCCUGCCGAGAAGAGUACCUCCCUCGCGAUGCCGGCACCUGCAAGGAGUGCUACGUCGAGGCCGGCGAAACUGAGGAAGAGCUUAAACGCGAGAUCGACGACCUCAAGGCCAAAAUCUCUUUCCUUCGCUUCUCCUCUCCUCUCGAUCAUGUCAACAGCAACUCCACUUCCUUCACUGACGUCGUUCUCAUCUCCUCCCAAGACGCCGCCGCUUCGCCUCCUAUUCCCGCUAAUAAAGCCGUUCUGGUGAGUCGUUCUCCAGUCUUCAAAGCAAUGCUUGAGAACGAAAUGGAAGAGAGCCGUAGCGGAACAAUCAAGAUCGCCGAUGUAUCUUACGAUGCGCUUCGUACGUUCGUCUACUAUCUCUACACAGCUGAAGCGUGUCUCGAUGAGCAGAUGGCGUGUGAUCUUCUGGUCAUGUCAGAGAAAUACCAGGUGAAACAUCUCAAGAGUUACUGUGAGAAGUUUCUGGUGACCAAACUCAAUCCGGAAAACUCUCUCAUGAGCUACGCGUUCGCACACCAGCACAACGCGAAACACGUGCUCGAUGCCGCGUUGUCGCAGAUCACAGAGAACAUGGAUAAAGUUACGAAAAGAGAGGAGUACAUGGAGCUUGUCGAGAAAGAUCCCCGUCUUAUCGUUGAAAUCUAUGAAGCCUACUUGGCGAAACAAGUUAACACAGCAGCGAGAGGAACUAGCACGAGCAAAACUGUCUGA